CUUCAGUUGUGUUUGAGAAGGCGCCCGUGACGAUAAAAGUGUGAAGACGGUAGGCGUCACUGAUUCUGAUUCUGAUACGAAUGUGUGUUGGCUUCAUACCGUGAAGGUAUAUGAAGAGGUCGGUUCCUAUUGGGUGAAUAGCAAUGAUGUACUGAAAGAAUCAAGUCGACCGUGUUUGUGCACCAUUUGAAGUAACAAAUUAAAUUAAUCGAAUAGAGUCCAAUUAUCCGUCCUAGAUAAAACUACGUGUUUCCUAUUGUUACUGAAAAAUUACCUAAAGUUAUAAGUAACUCCUCCUCCAAAAAUAGAGCUUACAAACAAAUACAAACGAGAAAUGAAGAACAUGUCGGUCAUUCUGAGCUUCUUUAAGACUCUAAUUGUCUUGUCCAUAUUACUACGAACUGUAAAAUUCAGUGGAGCUGCGACUGUAAAUUUAUCACGAUCUAAACUCGUAACAACAUUAAAAGGAACCUUGACGCCAGAUACGACACCAGCAAAUCCACCAUUUAAUAACCAGACUCUUUUCUCCAUGGCCAAUACUGAUUAUCGUACGUCAUACACAACUCAGUCAUCUAUAUUAUCAAGCACAACAGAGUCAUAUACGAGUACAAUGACCACGGUCGAUAUUAUUACGACAAUGACGACAAAGCAUCAACCACAGCCUUCUGCUCACCGCAUUCCUUCAAGACUUGAAGAAAAAUUGGAAUCACUUUCCUGUGAUAUUCCACCGCUGCCCACAGAGUCGAGGCUGUGGAGAGGAAACGAGACACAUGAACUGAUGCUGCCAAUUACAGUGCAACCUGACUGUGAGGGCGAGGACAACGAGGAAGCUGAAUGCGCUCCGGUGUCUGUGAGCUGGGAGGGGAGCGCUGAGAUGCAGAGCGGCGACAUUCUGCUGGUGCGGAUAGAUGACACCAGACUUGUGGACUCGACGGCGCCGCGUCGACCAAUGUCCGUCGUCGACAGGAGGCAGCCAGAGACGGCGGUGUACGGGGUGACUCGUCCGGGGUACGAUCACUGUGACGUCACAGAGGGUGUUUUGCUGGACAUCACGCCACUGUUGGUUGAUGGGCGCAAAGUCGUCACUCUAUACGACAAGGACCUGGCUGAAGGCAUCAAUCUGCUGAUCGUGGUGUCGUCCCGAUGGGGUUCUGAGUGUGUGCGCCUGCGCAUAGUGGUUAAGUCUGACAACUGCGGCGAGGGGCAGGACUGUUCCGGCAAGGGAGUCUGCUUCUCUAACAUCUCCAUGGAUGGAUACGAGUGUCAAUGCUGUCCUGGCUACGUGGGUCCACACUGCGAGGAGCGCGAUGGCUGCUAUCCCAGCCCCUGCAGCAACUCCGGCAUUUGCGUGGACAUCUCGCAGGGCCACGAGGGCAACACAUUCCAGUGCCUCUGUCCGUACGGUUAUGCUGGCAAGACGUGUCAAGAAGAAACAGACCCAUGUGCCUCGUCGCCAUGUCAGAAUGGGGGCACAUGCGUGCGCAACGGGACGCAGUUCCGCUGUGACUGUGGUCCUGGGUUCGGUGGAACCCUGUGCCAACACAACCUGAACGAAUGUGUGUCUUCACCAUGCGUGCAUGGAAUCUGCGUGGACCAGCAAGACGGCUACCGGUGCUUCUGUCAGCCAGGGUUCGCUGGCCAGCACUGCGAAUACGAGUACGACGAAUGCGAGUCUUCACCUUGCGUCAACGGAGGAACAUGUAUGGACCACAUCGGUACUUUCAUGUGCAUAUGUGGACGAGGCUACACGGGCAAACGCUGUCACGUCAAGGUCGACCUAUGUGAUCCAAACCCGUGCACUGAUCACCAUUACUGUGUAGACCGAGGCAACAACUACUCCUGUGAGUGCCCAAAAGGGUUCGCAGGGCCCGACUGCCUCAUUCCAUCAAAAGCCGCUUGCAGUGUGAACCCAUGUCUCAACGGGGGCACGUGCUGGAGCAGUGUAAAUUCAUUCUACUGUGCCUGCCGACCAGGCUACACGGGCAAAACAUGUCAAGAAGAAUUCGUACUGGAAGCGAUCCCCAAGGCCCUGCCCAGCAACAGGGACAGUCAGCUGGACCUACAGAUGCCCAUUUCCAUCCAUCUGGAUCAUCUGCAUAACGUGUUCAUUGCGGCUGGAACACUCGCCUGCGCUGUCAUCAUCGUCGUCAUAACGGUGGCUGCAUGCCACUGCAGGGUGCACGAGACAUACAAGCGUUGCUUCCCCAGCGCCGCCCCUCUGUUGCCCUGUAAGGUCACGCACCUCGAGGAGGUUGUCAAGCCAAGCAGCUCCAGAAACAGAUCCAAUGCUCUAGAAGUGGAGAAGGGUUCAUCAACAAAUCGAUCCUUUCCAUCCCUUGACACAACAGAGAUGUACUACACCCUGGACUUUAGUGACAGCCAGAGCUCACCCCUCAUCCAGUAGAGCAGAAGUCCAAAAGGAAGCACAACAGCCAGAACUGCAAGGAUAAAAUAUGUCAUCUUUUAGAAGUAAUGAUGUUUGAAACUACAAUUCAUAAUUCAUCUCAGUAAAUUUCCUUCGAGUAAAGAAGACCAGGAACCGUCUUCCCCGAAAUAAAAUACAAGGAACCUCCAAAUAAGUGAAUAAAGCAUUUGCAGACUUGUAAUAUUUUGCCUCUACAAUUUUAAUGCAAUGGCUAAAACACUACACAGAAACGCAGUAUAAUUACUGCAAAAGGUAUGAGAGCAAUGAUUUUGACUUUCUCCUUACCAUAUUUUGAUUAUUGUUUUCUCUGAAUGUGCCAUCCCCUUCCACUAUCUGCGCUACACUUAUUUCGUCAGUUACGCCAAGAAAAUAUUUAUCAACAUAUUAAUUGCUGCAAAGCCAGUAACAAUUAGAUGGAACCUCACUCUGCCAUUCUGAAUUGCUACACACAAACAUCCCGUAGUUGUAGAGGCAACAUAUCUAUGGCAACAGGAAAUAGAAACAACUGAUCAAUUAAAAUAAGCUUCAAAAACCACCAGUAAUUCAAUAACAUGUUUUGUUUUUUAGCUUUAGAGGCUGGCAUUAUAGACACUGUGCUGCAAUCUGUUUUUGAACAUGAUCUAGCUACACAAUGAGCAGCAUUUUGUUUUCAAUAAGGCAAGUUAAAAUUGGAGGAUUUCCUUAAAAAUUCCACAAUAAUUAACCUGAAGUUUCAAAAUCACAAACACCAAAGACCAACAUUGGUCAUGGUCAGUUUAUUCAAAUAACAUCUACGUACCCGGAAUCUAUUUCAGCAUUCUCCUCUAGUAUCCUUCAUAGCCUUACCAUCUUAAAAAGUAGAGAGAGUAUUUUUAGCAAGUAACUGCUAUAAACUGUUUGUCACAUUCAAUGAAAAAUGAAAAAAACUUGUCUUAAAGAAAGAUAUGUUGUACGACAGUUUAUUUUUUGUUCUAGGGGUAUCUGAGCCCUAUUUCCUGUUAAUAUUCUUGAAAAGCAGAGAACAAUCAACUUUAAUUGAGCAGUUUUCAGUAAUUACAUGCCAAAAUUUUCACUGUUCUUCUUUUACUAAAUGUUAAUCCUUUGAACCCAAGCUCAUCUAAAUAAUAUAUAAGAAUUCAGUCUGUACCGCAAAUAAAACACAACACUUCAUUGCAAAGAUCAAUUGCAUAAUUCUGUGUGAGGAAAUAAUCCCAGUUUGCUGCAAAAAUUAUACAAAGCACAUAAAUACAAAAUGCAGAGUUCCUUACUGUUAUGACAGGUGGCACAUAGUUACCACCAGGCUUUAAAGGGUUAAUGUUAUAAAAACCGCACCUUUAUAAAAUUUAGUCAUUUUUAAGCAUUCCAUUUCAGGGUUCCUAACGAUUCUUUGUGAAUAAUAUGACCAAAUGUGUCCAAGAAACCAAAACACAGAGUAACUGAAAAGUCACAAAACCCAUAUUACCAAUUUUAUCUGUAUUACAGUAAAUUAGACAGUAUUUAUACAACACAUUCCAUUAUAGAUAUAUGACCUUCAGCUGUGUGUAAAUCCUCCAAGAUGCGAACAGUGUUUACUUUAACCAGUAAACUUAUAACAAUCACUAGAAUGCACAUAUAUGAUUGUUUCCAAAUUGCCAAUUUCUGAACAAAUAAAUACUAUAGCAUCUAACUCAGACACAGACAAGGACUGAUCUGGAGUAGAACUGUAUAAAAUUAACUUUAAUUUCAUGAGAACAGAGGAUUUAAAGCAACUAAAUUACUUUAAUCUGGGUUUAAGUGUUUAGCACAAUACUACAACACACAUGUAUAAUCUGUGAUGUAUGGUUGAUAAAGAUUAGUCUAAGAUAAAGAUAAAGUUCCUCCUGUGUCUAAACACCACAACAUGAUGGUGCAUAGAUGCAUGAAGGUAAAGCUCCACAUAUUCAAAGACAAUGGUACUUGAAGAAAAUGGCCAGCUUCGUUUUGGCCGCUUUAUAGGCUCUGUGACUUUCGAUCACUCUACACAAUACAGAUAUGUUAAGUAUUCAUCAAAGCACACCAGUGCAAUGAAUAAUAUAUUAACUCAUUCAGUUAAUGUGCCAAAGUCAUCAUGUUGCAUCUGUCUAUAUACAACACAUAGCUUAGGACAAAUCAUCAUUAUGUUAUGUCACCAUGCUCAACUUAGUGACUGAUGUUAAUAAUAAUAAAGUGUUGUGAAACACUGUUCUUAAUAUAGAAUUUUUAUUGUUAUUUAGUGUUUUCAUUGUUAUAUUGUAGAACUACAGCAUAUCUUAUUGCAGUAACUUCAUGGUUUGCUCCCAUCUUACAAAAAUUAAAAUAUGACAAUCAAAUCAAGUAAUUUAAUUUGAGGGUAAAAUCAGAUCACUUGUAUUUCUGACAUGUCUGCCACUGUUUUCCUACUUACUGGUGGGAGGGCAAAAACAUGCCAUUAGUGGCAAGAAAUAUGAUUUUUUAUUCCCAGAUAACAAAUUCUACAAAACUAAAUUCUCUGUGACCUUGAAAAAAAUUAAAAUAAAAAAUUUGACAUAGUAUAUGUAACUUUCUGCAUAUAUAGUACCUUCUGAGGCCAGCAGUGAAAUGGUUACUACGCCAUGGAUCUUUCUUUUUAAAUUUCAAUGGGCAACACUUUUGCUACGCUUAGUAAUGCAAUAAAUAUGCCAUUCUGCAUGAUUGGAAGUAAAUAUGUGUCAAGGAAAGCUUACAAUGUCCAUGUUCUUUAAAAGUGGGGAAAAAAUAAUGUUCACAUAAUGGGCAAUAUAAUAAAAUGUUACUAUGAGAGCAUAUAAAAAAGGUAAUUAUGAACAUCAUAUUAAGCACUCGGUCACAUUUUGACUGGGAGGAGCAAUAGUACACACACCAUUUCAAUCCAAAAACAUCUGUAACAAAAAAGGGAGCAAUUACUUUUGGACAAAAUGCAGGUACAAAAGAGAGGUUUCUUGAUGGAGGAAUCAAAAUUUGUCAACAGAACACUUAAUCUGUAAUGUAUGUAAUAAAAUACAGCUUUGUUUAUUGAUAUUUUAAAAACAUUUCCUGUCUCCCAAACACUGGUAACAUCUAAUUAGACAUGUCAUGUUCAAGAAUAUCACAACCCAUAUUAUCAUUUAGCUACUGCAAUGAAUAUGCUGUGUUGUGGUGAUAGAAUUGGUUCUGGAAUUUCAGAUCCAAAAGUAGUGAGCAUUAGAGGUGCAUUGGUUUUGUGUAAGUGCAGCCAUAUUACAGGUAAGAAUUAAUAAAAAUAAACUUCACUUUUCUAUCCACUGUAAGCAAUAAAGAAAGGUUUAUAAGAUUUACAUAAUGAAUAAUUUUUCUUAAUGCAUGGCUGAUAUAUGUAAUGUAAUUUUAAAUACAAAGGACAUGAAAUAACACUGGUUCAUGUAAAUAGGAUAUAAAAAUAAUUAAGCACCAUCAAACACUUUACAUGGAAUUUUAUAAAAUAUGGGAAUGUAAGCAAAUCAACUUAUACACUGUACUUAAUUUAAAAUUAUAUUAAUCUACGAAGCAUAUGUUCAAGAUGGGUGAUGUGGAAUUAGGUAUAAAAUAACAUUUAAAGGGAAUGGUAUAAUGCAGGAAACAGAAAAUAAAAGGUUUGCAGCGGUAUGGAAAUGUAGAAACAAGGGACAAGUAUAAAUUGUCAAAACAAUACAGUGAACGCCAAAAACAAAAUAUGGAAUGAGAAGAGCAAAAAAAAAAGUUCUUACAAGAUAUUUAUAAAGGGGCGACUGAACUGUAUGAGAAUUACAAAGUAUGGGAGGUGGAAAUCCUCAAGAUGAACUGCCAAUUCUGUUUCUGAAAGCAAGCAAGAGCACUUUUGGCAUACAUGAGAAUUCAAGGAUAAGACACAGUUUUAAGAAUCAAACAGAUACUCCAUUCUUUACAUGGUAUCCUUGUAAUCUUCAUUUGUCAUCAACAGACCUAAACUAUCUAUCUAAAAUUAUGUCCUUCCAAAAAAUUAUCCUUUGCUUUCCAGGACAGAAAGUGUGAUUUAUCUUGAAAUAUGGCUGCUAAAUGUAAUGCUUAUUUCUUUCUUUAUAAAGACAUUAUUGUAUUAGAUUAGAUACUUUCUAAUUCAUAUGAACUUACGAGGCAAUUAAUUUUGGCUAAAGUGCCUAAUACAGUAAAGGUCUCAUCACCACACUGUACUCUACUGCAGUGUUUAGUCCUUCCUACUCAGGGGACUAUACAGUAAUUUGCACUUUAACCUCAUUUAUUUUUCAUAUUAAUUGUUUUAGAGACUUGAGUAUAAAGAUGUGCCAAAUGUAGCAACAAUCCUGACUGCCUUUAGAAUUUUAUUGUGCAACUGAAGCAUGCUAUCUUGGAUGUGUAAAAUUGUUUGCUUCACAUACUGCACUAUAAGAUAUGGACAGAACUGAGAGAAUUCUUUAAGUUUACAAUUUAAGAGUUAACUAAAAAAUGUAGGAUUUGAGGUUUUCAUGAUGGUGAAUCUGAAGAUUGUUGUCUUCUAACUAAAAAAUGUUGCCUAAUUCUAAGCAACAAACAGAAAUAAACCUAAAACUAAAAGACUCCAGUGCAUAGAAAUAAUGUGUAAUGCUGGCAUAACACAUCCUCAACUGUUCAGAUUGUGGCUACUCAAAGAAAGUAUUUCAUGUAUAAUACAGCUGUCAUAAAAUUACCAAAUUCUUCACAGACCCAAGUAGGUCUGAGGAAUCACCAUCUGCAUGGAUUAAUUUCAAUAGAACCAUUUCCUUUUUCCAGUCAUGCCAUGGCUGCUUUGAACUUACACUCACUGUAGCACUUGAAAAUCCCAGCAUUAAAUAUAUUAAUUCCAAACCUAUAUUUUUAAGAACAGAAACAAAGUGCGUAAUGCACAUUUUUCUACAUUCAUAAUUACUGCAGUUAAAAUGGUUUACUAUUUAACAUAAUUUUUCUCAUUUAAACAAGAUUGGAAUUAAUAGUUCUGUUUGUAGUAUUAUGAUCCAGGGCAUCUAUAUUUGGCAUUAGCAGCUCAAUGAGCUCAAAAAAGCACAAUAUAUAUUUGAUGAAACUACAUACAUUCACAAAUAAACUUACUUCAGAAUGCCUUUUUUUUAGAUUACACAGUUUCAACUGCAUUAGCAAAUAUUUAAAGAGUUCCAUUUCAACAUAAUUUACAACAUGGGCUUUAAUAGCAUGAAAUAAUCUCUCAGAACUGAAGUAGCUAUGGGUUGGAAAUGUUUUGAUUCAGAAUUUCUCUCCGAUUACUUGAUGGAAAAAAGACAUAUCUUAAAGCACAGCACCACAACACAAUUGUGUUGUCAUUUUCAGAAACUGUUGUGUAAUGUUCAAACAUUUCUUGCCUCUAGCUACACUCUAGUGUCUCAUAAAUGCUGGUAUACACAUUUCACACAAAUAAAAAUGUCUGCUGCUUACUUUUAAAGCAUAUUAUUAUUCUCGCAUUCCAUCCAAAAUAAAAGUAAUUACUUCAAAUUCUUGUACUGUAUUUGUGUAUAAAAAUGUUUAAGUAAUGUUUGUGACUUGUGGGUAUAUGUUAUUAAUCAAUAAAACAUUAAAAACA